GUGGCGCGGGGACGCGCUCGCUGGGGAGCGCGGUGGGCGGACAGAAGAGGAAGGGAGGCUGAGACAGAGGGAGCGGGAGCCGGAGCUCAGUCCUCAGCGCUUCACUGGAAGACCUCCGGAGCUGCAGCCCCGGAGCAGCCGCCAUCACACCAUGCGGCUCCCUGACCUGAGACCUUGGGCCUCCCUGCUGCUGACGGACGCGGCUUUACUCUGGCUGCUUCGGGGGACUCUGGGGGCUCUGCUACCCCGAGGGCUUCCAGGCCUGUGGCUGGAGGGGACCCUGCGACUUGGAGGGCUGUGGUGCCUGCUGAAGCUGGGGGGACUGCUGGGAUUCGUGGGGACACUGCUGCCCCCGCUCUGCCUGGGGACUCCCCUGUAUGUCUCCCUGAGGGCCCUGACCCCCGGGGCCUUGAGUGCCCCCCCAGUCAGAGUAGCUUCAGCCCCAUGGAGCUGGCUGCUGGUCGGGUGCGGGGCUGCAGCGCUAAGCUGGGCGGUGUGGGCCGUGCUGAGCCCUCCAGGAGCACCGGAGAGGGAGCAGGGCCAGGAAAACAGCAAAGCCUUGAUGUGGCGGUUGCUGAGGCUCUCCAGGCCAGACCUGCCAUUCCUCACCGCUGCCUUCUUCUUCCUUGUGGUUGCUGUGUUGGGUGAGACAUUAAUCCCUUACUAUUCUGGUCGAGUGAUUGACAUCCUGGGAGGUGAUUUUGACCCCGAAGCCUUCACCAGCGCCAUCUUUUUCAUGUGUCUCUUCUCUGUUGGGAGCUCACUAUCCGCAGGUUGCCGAGGAGGCUGCUUCACCUUCACCAUGUCCAGAGUCAACUUGCGGAUCCGAGAGCAGCUUUUCUCCUCCCUUCUGCGCCAGGACCUCGGUUUCUUCCAGGAGACCAAGACAGGGGAGCUGAAUUCACGGCUGAACUCCGAUACCAAACUGAUGAGCUCCUGGCUUCCUUUAAAUGCCAAUGUGCUCCUGCGAAGCCUGGUGAAAGUGCUGGGACUGUACGGCUUCAUGUUCAGACUGUCACCUCGACUCACCCUCCUGUCUCUGCUCGAUGUGCCUCUUGCGAUAGCGGCUGAAAAGGUGUACAAUGUCCGUCAUCAGGCGGUGCUUCUGGAGAUCCAGGACGCGGUGGCGAAGGCCGGGCAGGUGGUGCGGGAGGCAGUUGGAGGGCUGCAGACGGUGCGCAGUUUUGGGGCUGAGGAGCAGGAAGUCUGUCGCUAUGAGGAGGCCCUUGAAAGAUGCCGGCAACUGUGGUGGCAACGAGACCUGGAACGAGCCCUUUACCUGCUCUUACGGAGGAUGCUGCACCUGGGGAUGCAGGUGCUGAUGCUGAGCUGUGGGCUGCAGCAGAUCCUGGCCGGGCACCUCACCCAGGGCGGCCUGCUCUCCUUUCUGCUCUUCCAGGAGGACGCAGGUAGUUAUGUGCGGACCCUGGUGCACAUGUGCGGGGACAUGCUGAGCAACGUCGGGGCUGCCGAGAAGGUUUUCCGCUACUUGGACCGGCAGCCAAACCUGCCUCCACCGGGGACUCUAGAACCUCCCACUGUGCAGGGGCUGGUGGAAUUCCACGAUGUCUCCUUUGCCUAUCCCACCCGCCCUGACCGGCCUGUGCUCAAGGGGCUGUCGUUCACCCUGCGUCCCGGUGAGGUGACGGCACUGGUGGGGCCCAAUGGGUCUGGGAAGAGCACAGUGGCUGCCCUGCUGCAGAACCUGUACCAGCCCACUGGGGGGAAGCUGCUGCUGGAUGGGAAGCCCCUGUCCCAAUAUGAACACCGGUACCUGCACCGACAGGUGGCCCUGGUUGGACAGGAGCCUGUGCUGUUCUCAGGUUCUGUGAGGGACAACAUUGCUUACGGGCUGACGGGCUGCAGUGACGAGCAGGUGAUGGCAGCUGCCCGGGCGGCCCGAGCAGAUGAGUUCAUUGACGAGAUGGAGCAUGGGCUACAUACAGAUGUAGGGGAGAAGGGGAACCUGCUGGCGGUGGGACAGAAACAGCGUCUGGCCAUUGCUCGGGCCCUUGUGCGGGACCCACGUGUCCUCAUCCUGGACGAAGCCACCAGUGCCCUGGACGUCCAGUGUGAGCGGGCUCUGCAGGACUGGCAAUCCCGUGGGGACCGGACGAUGCUGGUGAUCGCACACAGGAUGCAGACCAUCCAGAGAGCUGACCAGGUCCUGGUGCUCAGGCAGGGACAGCUGCUGGAGCGCACCCAGCUCAUGGCGGGACAGGACCUCUAUUCCCGCCUGGUGCAGCAGCAGCUGGAGGACUGAGGCCCUGGACACUGGCCCUUCUCAUGGCCGUCUUCCUGACCCAGCAGCUCCGCUCUGAGCUUCCCUGGGGCUGUGCCUCUGGGUACUUGGUUGUUCUGUGAUGGAGAUUUGGACCAUGCGAGCCUUUGUCCAUGGGGAGAGGGGGUUGCCAUCUGUGUCCAAGGAAGGACCUUCCUUCCUUAGUGAACAGAGCUGUGCCUGGUGCUGAGUAGUGUACUGUGCAUAAUAAAUGUACUUUAAAACA